AUGCUUAGGUCUUCAAUUGCCGUUGCCUUCCUGGCCUUCGCCGCUAUUCCUGGUGCCCUUGCUGGAUGGAACGGGCAUGCAACCACCCCGGCCUCGAAAUGCUACGAAAACGAACUGGCCGGUUGUGCUUCUGGUCGUUGUCUCAACGGCAACUGUGUCCGGAGCUGCGCCGCCGGCGAAGAGCAGGGUUGUCCUCAACUAUGCAGCAAGCUGAACCAGCGAGAGGGUUGGUGUGCAGCGAAUGAGUCCGGUGCGUGCUGGUGUACCAGCGAUGAUACCGUCAGCUCUUUUCCCGGCAGUCGUCCAGUUGAUAAGAGAGAUGUUGCCAAGACCUACCAGGCUAUCCAUGCCUAA